AUGAACGAUUACACAAACAAAUUAGAGGCGCCAAAUAAUUAUUCUUACGGUAGCGACAAUAACAACCGUUUUAUUGGUUUCAAAUUUAUCGAAGAACCAGCUAAUGCAGUUUAUAAAAUUAAUGAACCAAUCCAGUUAAAGUGUCGUUAUGAAUUAAAAGCAAGUGGUAUAAGUAAUGUUCGUGUUGAAUGGUGGAAAGAUGGUUCAAAAUUGAACUUGCAAGGAUUAUCUGGGAAAAUAAGUUUUCCAUCAAAUGGAUCAUUAGUUUUUGAAAAUUUUGGACUAUCAGAUGAAGGUGCUUAUCAAUGUGUUGUAUGUAUAGUUGACAAAAAUCAAUUUACUUGGAUAUUUUUAUCAAAACGAGCUAUUUUAAGAUUUCAUUUACUUAGCAGGUUUGAAGCUCAACCUCAAGAUCGAGUCGUUUAUCGGGGGCAGGCAGCUGCAUUCUCCUGUAUACUGGAUUCGCGACCUCCUGCUGAAAUAACAUGGUACCAUAAUGACAUAAUGUUAAAGAAUAAUAGCCAUGGUUCGUUUUCAAUUUUUCCCAUUACAUCAACAUUAGAAAUUCCAAAUGUGGAAGCACGACAUGAGGGCGAUUAUAAAUGUGUUGCAACUAAUGGCGGGCGAAUAAGGACAAGUCGUGAAGCGAAGUUGACCAUCCAUCCGGAGAAUCGAGGUCAAUUUCUUUAUCAAAAAUUUUUGAUUGCUAGCGACUGUCAAGUUGGAAACGAAUUUUCUGAGCCAUCGUUCGCGUUAGAACCACGCAGUGAAGUUGUAGAUGAAGGUAAUUCCAUUGUAUUGGAAUGUUUAGUUAAUGGCUGGCCAAAACCAAAUGUCAGGUGGUUAUUGGGUUCCGAAACUAUAUCAGCUGAUGGUGAUCGAGUUCGCCGCCUGGGAGUGUCUUCAUUAAUUAUAUUAAAGGCUGUUCAGAGUGAUGCAGGUGUUUAUACGUGUCGUGCUAGUAAUAGUCAAGAAUCAAUUGAUGCAUCAGCUACCAUUCACGUCAGAGGUGCUCCAACCAUAUUAGUGAAGCCGAAAGAUGUAAUUGCACAAGAAACUUCUGAUGUUCAGUUUGAUUGUGAAGCAUCGGGUCAGCCAGGUCCAUCUGUUAGCUGGUUUAAAAAUGGUGAAGCAAUAAUUGGUAGCGAAUAUUUCAUGAUUGAAGGCACCCAUUUGCGGAUCCUUGGUUUAGUACGUAAUGAUCAAGGAGUAUACCAGUGUAUCGCCGAAAAUGAUGCUGGUUCAGUACAAGCGAAUGCUCAACUUAUUGUAGACAGUGCCGAAUCGUUCUCGAUUUCUGCGUCAAAUGGCAAACCUAAAAUGCUUUCCGAGCCACUGGGUAUGCGUGUUUCUGCUAUUGGUAGUCGAUUUGUGACAUUGCAAUGGGAUCCUCCCGUACAGCGAUAUGGAUCUAUUUUAGCCUACCAUAUUUUCUAUAAGGAGCAGAAUUCCAAUCGGGAACGAAUGAUGAAUUCAUCUACCACUACGGCAACUGUGGCGCUACUUCAACCAAAUACUGCCUACUUUUUUCGUAUUGUUGCUGAAAAUGAAGCAGGGCUGGGUCGAUCAACCGAUCAGUUAACGGUAACUACAACUAAAGAACAGGCAGUACCUGGAAAAGUCAGAAAUCUUCGAGCGGUUGCCCUUAGUGCGGAAACAAUUGAAGUAACAUGGGACGCACCAAAUGAAAAUGGACCGGCUGCCCUCCAAUAUAAAUUGUUCUAUAUUCGUAAAGAUCCACAGUUUGGUGAAAAGGAAACUCAAGUUAUGAUGAAGAAAACAUCCUAUAUAUUACAUGGUAUGGAGAAAUAUACUGAUUAUAUAAUUCGAGUGGAAGCGGAAGGUGUGAAUGGUGCUGGAUUAAGUUCUGAACCUGUUCUAGUGAGGACACUAGCCGAUAUUCCUUCGGUUCCUCCAUCAGACGUUCGAGCGGAAGCAGUAUCUACAACUUCGGUAAAUGUUCAGUGGGUAGCACCUCCGCUGAAUGAUCGUAACGGUGUAAUAACCGGAUAUCGCAUUAAAUAUAGGACAAGAAUGCGUGGUACAAAAGGAAAUACCAUUGUUGUCGAUGGUAGUGAUCAGUCAUUUACAAUCACAGGACUUGAUCCAGCAACUCAAUAUAUGUUAAGGGUUGCUGUUAAUGGAUCUGGUCCAUAUUCAGAGUGGGUUAAUGUUGAAACUCCACUUGAAGACAAAGAUGAACAACAAGUAGCUGGUCCGCCAUUGUCAUUAAAAGUGCAACCAUCUUCAGAUUCUAUACAAUUGUCGUGGUCGCCUCCCAGAGAUGAAAGCAUUAUGGUGAGGGGAUAUCUGAUUGGUUGGGGUAUCAAUAUACCAGACGUCGAUCAGGUUACAGUUGCAGCGAAUUUGCGCCAUUACACUAUUAGGGGUUUGAAGCCAAAUCGUGAUUAUGUGAUCUCAUUAAGGGCCUAUAAUUUAAUGGGUAAUGGAUUCCCAAUAUAUGAAACGGUUCGAACAACAUCUAUAGAAUUUGUUCCUAGUGGAACUGGAAUAUUUGAUUCGCGUAAUAUACCAUCAAAUCCAAAUGAAACACCAAUUGGUGUUCGCGCCGAGACGCUUUCAUCAUCUUCUAUCAGAGUAACAUGGACAGAUCCUAAAAUUGAAAUUUCAUAUUUACGUCAAUACACCAUUCGUUAUAGUUCAAGUAUCGAGGAAAGAGGUCAUUAUCGCUAUUUGAAUUCGUCUGAAACUGAAGUUCUUGUUGAAGGUCUUCGUCCAAACACUCAAUACGAAUUCGCUGUGCGAGUUAAUGCUGGCAAAGCAUCUUCACAGUGGUCGAUGACUGCGUUUAAUCGAACGUCGCCAGCACCACCAUCUAGUGCACCUCGGGAUUUAACAAUUGUGCGACCGACGAAUGGUGAUCCUCAUUCGCUCACUUUAAAUUGGCAGCCACCGAAAUAUAGCAAUGGUGAAAUAGAAGAAUAUUUGAUAUAUUAUUCUGAUCGUUCAGACUUGCCUGAUAAAGAUUGGAUAUUGGAUGGGGUUAAGGGAGAUCGCCUUUCACUUACAUUAACCAAUCUUUUACCGCGUGCAACAUAUUUUUUUAAAGUUCAAGCAAGGAAUAUCAAGGGAUAUGGUCCUCUUUCUCCCAUUUUACAAUAUGUUCCUGGUGCUCCACCUCCACCAUUAUUUAAGAAUGUGGAAACAUCAAAUGAAUUUCAUCCAGCGCUGUUAAUACAUAAUCCUUUAUAUGCUGGUAUAACAGUUGGCAUAGUUUUAUUUAUACUGGCAUUGGUUAUUUUAAUCGGUUGUAUUUUGAAAUCGAAGAAAUCCAAAACAAACAAUGGUAGAGGUUACAAACCGGGUCGUAGAAUAACAAAUGAUGGAAAGGGACCUCCUGAUCUUUGGAUCAAUCACUAUAACGAAUCAAAUCUUCGAACACCAGAAUUCAUUGGUGAACCUUUUUCUGAAUCAUUGUGCGACCUUAAACCAUAUUCCAAUGGUGUUCUCGCAACAGCAGUUGAACAUUCUCCACCCGUUCGAUGUCAAGACAUGCAAGCUGUGAUGUUAGUGCAUCGAAUGACGUCACGAGCAUCAGAUCGUGCUAGUAUUGGCAGUUCUCAGACAAUCAUGUCACAGUCGUUUUAUGAAAAUUAUCGUCGAUAUGAAAAACAAUCCAUACCAUCCCCAUCUCAAAACUAUGAUAUUGAUAGCAAUGGUUCACUUGCUCGGAGUUAUCAUCAAUCAUCAGCAAGCUUAGAAGGUCGGCAGAGAUCAACGCCUCAAGUGGUCUAUACUAAUUCAGCUCGGCAUCAACCCAUGGCGAAAAUUGAGUUUUCUGAUCAUGGAUCAUCGUACGGCUCAUCUCAGGCCUUACAAUCACAUACACCACCUCCUCAACUGCCAAAUCAGGGACCGCCCUUGGGUCCACCUAAUCAAAUGAUUGAUGGAUAUCGGACUUUACGCGGUAAUUCUGUUACCAAUAAUCCGUUGAAAUCGUUCACUCAACUUGCGGGUGCUCCUCCACCUAUUUCUUCACCUCAGACCUCUCAAGGCGAACGAACAGCCCUCGUCGUUCGACCAGUUGUUGUUGCUUCACCUAGUGUACGAAGUGGUAAACCGGCUGGUGUGGUUAUUGGUCAGAAAUCAUCAAAUGUUCCUAUUGGACGAGCAGCCGCCCAGCCACGCGUCAAUGUAAACAGCAUUUAUGCGCCGUAUGUAUCAUGUCAAUUACCUGAAAAAACGGCAAUAUCUCGUGAAGUUGAAGUCAUCGACACUCAACACCUUCAGCCAUCUAAUUCAACGGAAGAAUUGAAUGCUCAGAUGGAGAGCCUCGAUACUAUGAUCGAUGAUCUUCAGGCACUUCAACAUGAAUUUAAUGCAGCUUCAUAA